AUGAUGCUGCCAUCAAUUCGAGGCCGGCUUGGUCUGCUGCCCUUCUUGCUCCUGCUCUGCACUAUCCUACACACUGCCGUCGCGCUCUCGCCAGCCCAUUCUCGCUCGACUCAUGUCGAUUCUUCUUUAUUGAAGCGUCGUCGACGUGUUUCUGCUCGUCGGCAGGACCUGGUACCUCGUGCGACCGACGCAGAGAUUGAGCUUGCUCUGGACAUCCUGCGUCGUUCCGACUUUUGGAGCACCGGCCUUCAGAAACGCGCCGCAGCCACCUCAGGCAAGUCAGGCGACAAUCAAUGGACGGUUGACGACGAUGACCGUUCCAUCUGCUUCUGUGUCAAUCGCGACGUUGUUCAAGCUAGCAAAGGAUCCUAUCGCACUUUGAUUUCCGGCGAUUCUGGAUCCGACACGAACUCGUACGCAUCCUCAAGCUCCCGCACCAGCUCACACGCCUCGACCGGAUCUGCAUCCUCGUCUUCGUCUUCAUCUUCAUCUGACUCGAAUGCAAAGGCAGCUUCGAGCGUGUCUUCCGGCUCUGCUUCCGCCGAUUCGAAUGCCAAGGGAGGAUCGUACAGCCCUACGUACGUCUACAACAACUCGUAUGACAGCUCGCGAACAUCGUCUGUAACCAACAACGAUCGCAACAUCACCAACAUUGACAAUUCGUCUCACGAUUCGCACGACACCACCAAUGUCAAGCAAACCUCCACCACCAACAAUCUCCACGAGACCAACAACAAUGACAAUUCGUCUCACUCCUACACGGACAACAGCGACAACUACCAGGACAACAGCCAUAAUUAUCAGGACAACUCGCCAACGACGACGGACAGCAACAACACGGAUAACUCUGCCCACUCGAGCUCUUCAUCUACCACGAACAACACACAGAACAACAUCGACAAUUCGCAGUCGACCAAGACCAAUACCACCAACAACUACGAAGGCGGUGCUGGCGGUGCCGGCGGAGGCAGUGUCAGUGAGUCCAAGAACACGGGCAUCGAUGCCAGCGGUUCCAAGGCAAACGUGUGCAUCCUAGCUGCCUGCAACUAG